GCUAUGUGCUAAUCUGCUGGAACUUUAUAGUCACAUCAGUGCUUUUACAUUACAGAGCACAUUAUUGAAGAAGGCCACAUCUAUGCUAGCAGCUGAAAAAGAGCAGAACAAAAAAAACAGGGCCGAUUCUCUUGAUAAGAGGGUUCCUCCUCUCAAUCUGUCUGGUCUGUCUGCACUGGAGGUCCAGGAACUAUGUAAAGAGCAUCACCGCAAAAUUGAUAUCGUUGACGAGGCGUGUUAUGAUCUUCAAAUUAAAGUUGCUAAAAAUGAAAAAGAGGUAUGUUACCAUCAUUGUGGUCCAUUACAGAUCCAUUCCUUGACCCAGAAGAUUUGGGAAAUGAAGGGCACAAAGCAACAAACCAAACUGAAGAAGGUUAAGAAGUCACACGAUGCCAAGUUUGAUGCGCUGACUGAAUUCAAAAUGCCAUCAAAGUCAGAUUUCAAAGCCAACCUGAAGACAGUAAAGAAAGAAGAUGAGAAGAAAGAAGAGGUGACUGAUUGGCGUAAGAAUGUGGAGGCCAUGUCUGGAAUGGAUGGCAGGAAGAAGCUGUUUGAUGCUGGACAGUAA